GGAAAAGAAGAGAUCAUUAUUAGGUAUAUAACCGAAUCGAUUAUCCUGUGGCAAUUCCAUAUAUAUCCCGAAGGCUCUGCCUAAAGAAAAGGGGAAAUUGGUGAAAGAAUGUUGACCAAGAAGCAUUCAACAAGCUUUAACAAAAAUGCCGCAUGACUUGAUUAGAUUUUACUCGAUCAGUCCACAAAGAUGGAGGGAAAAUCUAACCAACUUAUAAAUUUCGCUCGCACUCUGUGUUUCCCGGAUUUAAAACUCAGUCUCUUGAAACCGGAGAAGCUGUGUGAAAACAUGGACCCGGAGAGAAGGCUUAACUCCACCGUUCCGCUCAUUUCCCGGCUGGACCAUCUGGACUUCAUCAUGAAGCGGUUGGAAAGCAAGCAUGAUUUGCCGAAAUGGGCAAGCAGAAGCUCAGAGAUAGUACCAUUGGACUUGGCUAUCGGGGAGGUUUACUGCAAGGGGUCGCUCAUCGAUCGAGUCAAUUCUCUUGAGCACCGUCUCCUUCAGCUGUUACUGGAGAUAGACUCGAGCGGUUCAUCUCGGACAUCGAAACUGACACCAUCACAGGAUACGCCAUCGAGCGAAGGAUCUAAGAGGGAACUGUCAGGCUCAUCAACCGCAUUCGGCUUUCCCAAUCUUCAACCAAUACGGGAGCCUCGAGCAGUCCCUCCCAACAACAAACCUGAAAUCCAGGUCUCAUUAAGCCGUCAAAUAAAUCGGGAAGCAUGCAUUACAUCAUUGCAGGCACAGGCAACAUCUCAGCGGACGGUGCAUAACACAAAGAAAUCGACUGCCGCCUCUCAGGUGAAGGCGCAGACAAGGAAGAGCAGAGCCGCUGGGGAAGCUAACAAAUCCUGCAAGGCACUAAACAAAAGGCAGCAGAAGCCUCGAGCUUCUUUUUACAUUAGACUGUUGGGCUGCUGAUAAUGCCAUCCAAUUCCUCUUUAGUUUUGCUCAUCUUCUAAUAAUAAUGAUAGUAAAAUUUGAUCUUCAGGAGACAG